ACAGCGGCUAGCCCAGCCCAAGUUCCGAUUUCGCACCGAAAUUGAUCGUUAGGGUGGGAUCCGUAAUGCUACGACCGGGUUUGCUCCAGUGGCCCAGCCUGUUCCGCUGCGAUGAACUUUAAACCCCGUUUUUAUUAGAAGAAAAUGUAAAGGAACUUCGAACUCACACAAAUCGCAACCCAGAGCCCGAGAUCUGAUUUUUUCUCCUAGGUGUCGGCAUAAUUUUGCUGCAUAUUUGGACGUAAAUAUGUCUUCAGCUCAAGACCCUUUUUACAUCGUCAAAGAGGAGAUUCAGGAUUCUAUUGAUAAGUUGCUCUCUACGUUUCACCAAUGGGAACGAACGCCUUCAGAUAGUGGAGAGCAACUGCGUCUCACUAACGAACUUCUUGCUGGAUGUGAGAGCAUUGAAUGGCAGGUGGAUGAAUUGGACAAGACAAUUGCUGUUGCAGCGAAGGAUCCUUCUUGGUAUGGUAUUGAUGAAGUGGAGCUUGAUAAACGAAGAAGAUGGACCAGCAAUGCUCGUAUUCAGGUGAGAAACGUGAAGAAAUCCCUAGUAACUCAGAACGAGUCAAAUAGAACAAGCACCUCUAAUAUCAAUGGUGUGCGGCGUGAACUUAUGAGGAUUCAAAAUAGUCAUCAAGCUGAAAAACCAAACCAGUACAUUGCACAAGACAAUGAUGAUUUCAUAUCAUCAGAAUCAGACAGGCAGCUACUUCUGAUAAGGCAACAGGAUGAAGAGCUAGACGAGCUGAGCGCCAGUGUGCAAAGAAUUGGUGAUGUUGGCCUCACAAUACAUGAAGAGCUCCUUGCACAGGAGAAAAUUAUAGAUGAAUUGGGCACAGAAAUGGAAGGCACGUCAAAUCGUCUCGAUUUUGUUCAGAAAAAGGUUGCCAUGGUAAUGAAGAAGGCUGGUGCGAAGGGUCAAUUAAUGAUGAUUUUGUUCUUACUAGCUCUGUUUAUAGUUCUAUUUGUGCUUGUCUUCUUCACAUAGAGAGCUGGAAACUAUGAAAUUGAGCUAUGAAUGAGGACAAUUCUGAUUCAUGGGAAUGGAAUAAAACGUAACCUUUUCGGUGUACAUGGAUUGUUUGUGGAGUUGAGUUAGUCAGGUCAACAUUACAUGGAAAUGAUGAUUAUUGGAACGAACGUCCUAUUUGCCCCGUGUUGAUCAUUCAAUAUAUAUCCUUAAUCCGCACUGUGAUUAGUGUCGUCAUGUUUGGUUCUUGGCUAGCCAAUUUCUCAGAUUGCAUGGAUCGUUCAAUAGAUCUCCUCCAAUUUUUUGGACUA